AUGGAGAAAGGCAGUUUCCACAAGCUCGUCGAGCUACUCCGCCCUUCGCUGGAAGUCAACGCCUUCUUCGGCGCACUGCGAUCGCCACGCAACGGCGCCAUAGCUGUGGAAGUUCGCGUUGCCGUGGCGUUGAGGAUCCUGGCUGGCGCCAGUUACUGGGAUGUCACCCUCAUGUUUGGCUUGUCGGUGCCGGUCACGUACCAGAUCUUGUGGGAGGUGAUCGAUGCCAUCAACAACACGCCUGCGGUUGGGGCAUGUGACCCCCCCCUGACCGAGGAAGGCUGCAUGCGAAACGCCAACAGAUUCAAGGAAAAGAGCACCGAUGGCGUUUUCUCGUGGGUCGUCGCCGCCGUGGAUGGUCUGUUUAUCAAGGCCAAGGCUCUGUGUGCGAAAGAGACCGCCAACGUCAUCGCGUACUACUCCGGCAGCAAGUCCGUGCUCGACGAACGACUGGGUGGCAUGGAAUGGAUCCAUCCAAUUUACAUCGUCGCCGCGCAUGCUCACUCCAAGCGCAGGAAUGUGCUGGCGAUGGGACUCGACAAGACCCCAAUUCUCAGUGGGAGUGUGUGCGUCCCCUUCAGAUACCAAAAGGAAUUGUUUUCGACCAUCGCGGAUUCGUCUGGCGUGCUGCAAACCGAGAUCAUUGUAUAA